CUGGCUCACACUGAUGGGGGGUUAUUUAUCCUCUGGCGCCCUCUAGCGGUCCACGUGAGAAGCGCCAAUCUCUGUCGAGGUUAGAGGUCAAAACAAGAAAACAUGGCGGCUUCCAGUAAAGCGACCGUGGUGUUGAAGGCUGUGAAGAAAAUAGCGGUUCAGUUUUGUCCCUUUGAGUCUAAUGUUCGUUCCACACGGGAGUUUCUGGCCAUGGUGGGCUCAGAGAAGGCCCGAGCUACCAACAUGAACUGUGAGGUGAUAUCGACGGUGAAACACGACAGGUCUGAACCCGUAGUGGAUAUCACUUAUCUAGACGGAGAGAAGCUGCUGUUGAAGGGAGCAAAGUUGACCAGCAGCGAGAUGCUGAGCGCAUUUCAGUCACUGUGCACAGCCAAGGAUCUACAGGCAAAAGUUGCAGCAAAAAAAUAAUGUUAAAUGUAUCUGUGUUGACUGUAUCUGUAUUCAGCUGUGUAUAUUCUUGAAUGUUUGCUAUUAAAGUAUUUCAUUUAAAUGUGGCUGCUCUGGUGGGGAUUGACCUUUGAUCCACUAAAGCUCUACUGCAUUGUUUGCAGGCAUGA